GAACCAAGAGAUGAAAAAGAUCCCAUCCGGCUUCCGUUAAAGCUUUGCAUGAUGCAACUGCAAACAAAAGUUGCUCCAAUUGCUAGCUGGCGACCCGCCUACUUAGUUGCCAAUUGAGCGAGAGGAUGGCGAGGCCACACCUCCUACUCUUGGAUUGGUUAAGUAGAUAUGCUCUGUUACUUUGCCACACUGCACGGCGCUCAAGCUGAUUUAUUAUUAUUUUUAACACCGGUCGAGCCACGUGGGCAGUACCAGGAACCAUUCCAUUGAUUCUUAUCAACUGUUGACACAAUGAGUGUGGGAUUCAUCGGCGCUGGGCAGCUUGCCUUCUCCCUGGCUAGGGGUUUCACGGCAGCAGGGAUCUUGGCUGCUCAUAAAAUCACAGCAAGUUCACCGGACACUGAUCUCCCAACAGUUGCAGGGUUGAGGAAAAUGGGUGUGAAUUUCACCAUGAGCAACAAAGAGACUGUUAAAAACAGUGAUGUCCUGUUUCUGGCUGUGAAGCCACCCAUCAUUCCAUUCAUCCUGGAUGAGAUUGGCUCAGAUAUAGAGGAUCGGCACAUUGUGGUCUCAUGUGCCGCUGGGGUCACUAUCAGCUCUAUUGAGAAGAAACUUUCUGCCUUCUGCCCAAGCCCAAAAGUGAUCAGGUGCAUGACCAAUACACCGGUGAUUGUACGGGAAGGGGCCACCGUCUAUGCCACAGGGACCCAUGCUGAAGUCGAGGAUGGAAAGCUCUUAGAACAGCUGAUGGCUAGUGUGGGUUUCUGCACUGAGGUGGAAGAAGACUUGAUCGAUGCUGUCACUGGACUUAGUGGCAGUGGACCUGCUUAUGCAUUCACAGCCCUGGAUGCUCUAGCAGAUGGAGGAGUGAAGAUGGGCCUUCCUCGCAGGCUUGCUGUCCGCCUGGGAGCCCAGGCCUUGCUGGGAGCUGCCAAGAUGCUGCUGGAUUCUGAGCAACACCCUGGACAGCUGAAGGACAAUGUCUGCUCACCAGGGGGCGCUACCAUCUAUGCCCUGCACUUCCUGGAGAGUGGUGGUUUCCGGUCGCUGCUCAUCAAUGCUGUGGAAGCGUCCUGCAUCAGGACAAGGGAAUUGCAGUCCUUGGCUGACCAGGAGACGGUCUCCCCAGCUGCCAUUAAGAAGACCUUACUGGAUAAAGUGAAACUGGAGUCAUCUGCAUCCAGCAAAGUCAACCUGUUCAACAUCAAGAAUCCUGGUGGCAAGAAGCACUGAGGUGGCCCAGGGCCGCCUUGCCUGGCCUUGCUUUCCUUUCUCUCUUUCAAGGGAAACGGCAGCUGAAGCCAUUUGGGCAGGGCCCUGUCUGGGACUCAAGGCUGCAGGAAAUUGAUUUUAGCUUCCAGAUGUGAUUAUUAGAGAGUAGGGACUGGCACUUGGCGGGGGUGCUGUGGAGGAGGCAAAGUCAGCAGCACUUUCCAUGGUGAGGGUGAAUGCAUAUUCAUCUGUCUGAAACUGAUGGGUUUCUCUUCGUUGUAGUCAUUGCAAGGUUAUUUAUUUAUAUUUGGUCCCCCCCACCUCCCAUUUAUCUUCAUAACAACCUUGUGAGGUAGAUUGGCAUGACCCAAAAUUACCCAGUGAGCUUCAUGGUUAAGCAGGGACUUGAACCCCGGUCUCCUAAUCCAAACCUGGCGCACUGUCUGUAUGCCCCAUUAACUGUAUCAGUUUGCAGCCAUUGGCAUGUGCAUACUCCUUGUUUACUAGAUCAGAGACUGGAGCCCAAGCAGGGUCUUCAGGUGGCGAUCGCUGUCAUUUAUUCCAUUCUGGUCAAAGAGUGGCUGCUGUCCAGUCUGCAGGUCUGGAUUUUGGGGGUGGCUGCCUUGUUUCUAAUCCAUAUUGCAAGUGUCCUUGGCUGUCCCCCAGACAGUGCUUCCGCUGCUUUGCCUUCUUGUUGAGCAAAGCCCCACCUCUAGGGAUCUGCACGAGUCAGUUCAGUGCCUCCUUUGGGAAGUGCCGAACUGGCUCGGGCACCCACAGCCAAACCAGGUUGGCGGGGCGGGGAGCGGUUCCCUUUCAGAGCAGGCAAGCAGGUCUUUGCCUGCCCCACUGGCACCCUGCUGCUUUUCUGGGUAGGGUGCUCGCUCAAGCAAAGACUGUGCACAGCUGGAUGCACACUGGCCAUUUGUGUGGUCAGCAUGGGGUUCAGCACUCCCCAAAGGAGGCACCACACUGGCUCGUUUGCAUCCCUCCCUUGGCUGUGUCUUGCCCUCUUUUCUAGCCUAAUAUGUCAUUUUUAUAUUGACAGCCUGAACUGGACAUUUGCCAGCUUCUUAUCCCUGCCUGUACCUUCAAAGAUGUUGUCUUUUGUACACAGGGCAGGAGGAGGGGGGGGAACACCCAGAUGUUUCUGCAAUAGAGGCUUGUGCUAGCUACAAGUACUUUACCUCUGAGAAGCUUUUUGUUGAAUAUCUCAUACCCAUGCUUUUCAGAUUAUGUUCACUGCUGACAGCAGCUAAUUUACCUUAAGGUGCUUGGCACCGUUACCAUUUUCUGUCUCCUCUUCUACCACACAGAGAAACCCACCAUUCAUCCGAGCCUUUGCCCCUCCCACCUCCCUCUCGAUAUGGCAGUUAUUGGAACAAGGAAUCUGGCAGGUGGGGUGGACUAGUCCACUGUAUUGCCUGUCUCUGUAUAUCAUGUUGGAGGAGAGUCUGGUUCAGGAGGAAGAGCACACGUGUAGCAGUGCGCAUACUGAGAUCUCUCUCCAUGCAGCUGGGAACCCUUGGGCUUCCUAAUUUACACAGAGAUCCAUAUGUGUGUCCACUUGUAUACGUGUGGACUCUCUCUAGAGCUUCACAUUAACACACAUUGGGGGCACAGUCUGUCACCCUAAUACCCCUGCUCCUCUCACAUGUCGUCAUUCCCCUUAUAUUGAACAAGUGAACAUACCAUGAUAGCUUUGGCUCCAGGGCAUAGCGAACGCCAAAUCUGUACGCACACAACCGAGGUUCUUUCAGACUUAAGGGGUCUGCAGCAUGGUCACCUUUGCUGGACUGUGAUCGAGAUCUGAGAAUACAGUCGGGUCAUUCUCACAGCCUUUGCUGCAGGGCUGGGGAGGGGUGAGGGCAAGGCAGGAGCCUUCCUGCCUUCAUCCCAGAUGAGCGGUGGCCAUCUCGGGCUCUGCCGCAUGCCCACAUGAGCAGCGGCGGGGCAGAGUCCUGAGCUGGGAUCGGGAGGAGGAAGUCUUGCUCUCAGUAGAGCAGCUGCUCCACUCUAUGUGGCCACUGCUCUCCCCGCCCCCCCCCACACACUUGCUGCCCAAAAUGGCAGUGGGCCAGAGGGAGGCCCAGCUACCUGAUGGCGAUCGUAUACAUGGUUGCCUGCUGUGGUAGAACGAACCAAUAGUUUGGUUAAAAAUCCGGGUAUCAACGUUGGGCUUCCCAGGACUGGAGCAGCUGGGGCCGCAGGGCUCCCAGUGCCCCGGAGGACAUGAGCUGCCUUGGGUAAACCAGGCUGCUCGUGUCAUGAAAACACCCUUAAUAUCUAGCACUUGACAGCAGGGCUCUUUCUUGGGCUCUCUCUUGGACGCUUGCUGGAUCUCCUAGUUCCUAUUUGGGGGUGGGGAGGGCAAGGGGAGCGGCAGCCCUGUUCAGUCUAUACUUAACAUGUGUUUUCUUUCCAUUUCACUUGGUCAAAUAAACUUGGUGCUCCUUA